CAGGGCUUCCCUUUCAUGGCCCAACCCCGGCCCAACUCAAGCCUUCACCAUGUCCUGGAAUAGGCCUCAGCUCAGGAGUGGUGUCGAUUUACAGCUCCAGUCAGCCUUUAACGACGGCCAAUGGGCUUCCGUCAUCCGCCUUGCUGAGAAGCGUCUUCGGACCUUCAACGACCCGUACUUUGAGAUCGUCAAAAUCUGCGCCGAGUGUCAACUGGACUCCCCCUUCGAAAAGUCUGCUGGCAUCGUCGCCCUUCAACGUUUCGUCAAUGAGGGCACCGUCGUCAAGGAUGUCGAUGCUCUCGACUUGCUCGAAUGGGCCACGGGAUCAUUGUUGGAUGAUCAGGAGUUUUCCAGUACUCUAGGAACCCUGAAGGUUAGGCUUGUCAAGGCGAAACCCAAGGACCGUAACGGUGCUAUCCGGUGUCUCGAGUCUUGUUUGCUGCACUGGGAUCUCUUCAAUGCCCAGCAGAUUGCAGCUAUCCUAGAUCGCUCCUUUCCCCAUGACCGGACCAUGCUCUUCUGGAAUGUCGUCAUCACAUAUUUACUCUGUGUCAGCGACCAAUGCCCGCCGGACAAGAAGAAACUCUAUGGCAUGCUAGCCCUGAAGCAGAUGCAACGAGCAGCCCAGUCCGCCUCGCAACCUGACGCCGGUGACUCGGAUAGAUCUAUCCGGACCGAAGAGGAAAUCCUGCUCUUCUAUCGCAUUCUUGAAACCCACGGCUCUGAUGCCGACUGGACAGCCGCGCUGGGCCAUCCUGAAUUCGGCCCCGUUCCGCAGUUUCGCCUCGGUCGUAAGGACCUCCUCCUCCGCGUCCUGGACGUUUCGAGGCGGAAAGGCGACUGGCAGACCGUCUAUGCGCUUUCCAAAGAGUGCCUUAUCCUGUCGGGGAGCGACAAUAGCCUCAAACUACUUGCUUGCGACUGGAUGGUGUGGAAAGCAUUGCUGGACGGCGCUAGCCAUGUCAUGGGAGAAUCGCCUGAGGUUCUCGAUGAUGUAGCCGCUUUGCUCGACACGUUCUCAGCUGCUGAUGGUGUACGCCCCAUCUACAUACGGAAUAUUUUGCUGGCGAGGGUCGCUGCCGCUUUUCAGUUGGGGUCCGAUGACCCCUCAGAGUCAGGGCCCAGAGGGGCAGCGUCUGCACAGGUCGAGGAGUUGCAGCGCUACGUCAGGAGCCAAUGCUCGUCGCCAGCCUGCUUCGACGACAUCAGGUCCUUCGCCGAGAAGCUGGAGCCAGACGAGCUGAAAAAGUUCGCCCAUGACUACGUCCCGGGAUUGGCCCAGGAGGCUGCCGGCGACCCUCUACGCUCAGCCACGAUACGCACCCUGGCGUACCAGCUGCAGUAUCUUGCCCUCACUCGGCCUGGUCUGGUACUGCCCAUACCCGGCUCUCAGUCGAGCAGUUCAGCGGACCAGUGGAAGUGUGCCGUUACCGGCGUAGUCAGUAACUCUUCGUCAUGCACGGAGAGGUUCCGGACAAUUGCCGAGUCUGCCGCAAAAUUGUACCGCAUCCUCACCGAGUCGCUCAUCCCGGAGGGUAACGGGCGGGAUCCGGACUACGUACCCGAGCUCGCUAUUCUGACAGCGACGGCUUUGGUCAAGCUUAGCGGCAUCAGCGACAGCGGAAGUGUGAGGGAGCACCUGCCUUACCCAAUCUACGCCGCACGAUGUGGUAGACUACUUCAGGCGACUCUGAUUCUCGAAUAUCAACUUUCCCGCACGCCAAAGCACAGCCGCGUCACUUUGCUUCUUGUUCGGCUUUACCUCGUCGUCGGAUGCGCUGCCAGAGCCACGGCUUUGUGGGAGACAUUGGACGUCAAGCGAACCAUCACCGACUCGUUGAGCCCAUAUUUCCUCGACCGUCUAUCGACUCUCUCUCCCAUCCAGGUACUCCCGCAGUCCAGCCGGCCUGCGAAAGCCCUCACGAACGGCGUGAAGUCGUAUUAUGCCACGUCGCUUAAACUCCGCAUGCCGCGCCGCUUGGCCGACGCCUUCGAAUCCGAAAACUACACCAGCAUUCUGGAGAUCCCCGAGUUUAUCAACCGUCUUCGUGUUAGCUGCACCAUGGUGAUGGGGUUUGUGGAAGAAGCACGUGCGUGCCGAGCUCUCGGGCAACGCGGCUUGCCGAUAUCCGAAGAAGUUCUCCUAAACGACAUCACGGAUGAUGCCCAGUUGCACGAGAAUACUGAUUUUGGAUCGGUCCCCAACCUGGAGGCCAGCAUGGCUGUGCCCAUAUAUGACAUCCUCCGAAUUGGCCCCAAGCCUUCUAAUGCCCGGUUCCACCUUGCUCUUGUCGCCGAGAAGUACUUCGAGUUAUUUCAAUACAAACCUCCGGCAACAUACAAGGCGGCGAACCCCCUCCAGGCUGCCACCACCGAUCGCAUCUUCGUUUCUGAGACGUUACAGCAGCUCAGCAGCUCAGCCUCCCGCUUUCUUCGGGGCGCACGAAAGACACUCACGGAACAGGAACACUUCUUCUUCGACAUCAUCUCUCUCCUUACCGCUCUCAUCUCCCUCAUGACAAGUUCAGGACCUUCGCCUGAAUCCUCCACUGCAGCGUCGCAGCUCGUUUCAGGCGUCACGGCGGCACUCGACGCGCUGUCCGAUAGCUCGCUUUCACUCCCGUCUCCCGAGGGCGAAGGUGAAGGCGCCCUGAUCCCGAUGUUGAGUUCCAUGCACGGUCUCUUCCACCUACGGGACGCAGCGGAUGCGGUGAAACUCGCCACGAGCUAUAUCACAUCUGUCCUAGAACCGAACAAACAGAGCAACACGACUAAGGAGGCCACGGAGGCAUUGAAGACGCUGGAUAAGGCUGGAGCCAAGGCCGCAGCGCUGGGAAAGAAUAGGAUUGCGGUUCUGAAGAGGGAGAUGACGAACGGGAACCUUGAGAGUCGCAUCGAGGCGUGGGCUCUCGGUUCUACAGCUGAAGACUCUUUAAGCAAGGAGAUCCAGGGUAUCGUGGGCGACAGGAUCGGCAAGUCGAUGGGGAUACUAGCGGAUAGUUGGAGGGUUGGCGUCAAGGGUUGGGAGUUGGUGAGGUGGGAAUAAAAUAUGGUAGAAGGACGGCGGCAAGAAAAAAAAAAGCAUACGAUGAUGAUGGGGUUGAUCCAUCCAAUGGCCCAAAACCGAGUGUCGGGUACUCGGAAGGGACGCUAUACGACUUAUUCCCCCAUACGUUUUGUCUUCUCUCCUGUCUAGCAGCUUGUAAUCUGGCCCUAUUCACGUCAGAAUCCGCCCUACUCCACGCUAGCCUUAUCCCAUUAUCAUGAAUUCGUGAAAUGUUCGAUGCCUGCAUGUUUGUCCUACCCCUGCUGGAGCACAUGGUCUAGUUGCUACGCCCCUGACUGCC